GUGUUUUUCCAGUGCACGCCUUGUGUUUCUACAUGUUUUCAAGCAGCACCUUCCAAAGACAACGGAGUCCUCAUGUCAGUGGACUUCAUGUGAGAAGCUGGUUCGCAAGAGGUGGUCGUUAGUUUCUCACAUGCAGGAUCACCACUGUUCUGAACCUGCAAUGCGUGCAGCAUUCCAGCGAAGGUUAGCAUCCGCCCAGCAGCAGUCGAAUGUAUCGACACCCGCCCCUCAUCAGCCGAUGAUUUACCCGCCUGAUGCAGCGAUGCAAGCCAUACGGAGGUUUUCUAUCAAGCAGCCUUAUGCUGAGUUUGCUGAACAAAGAGAGGGACCUGUGUCAAAGCACAUCCGCUUGACUGCUGCGCUGAUUUUGAGAAACAUAUGCCACUUCUCAUCUGUGGGCCGCAGGCUUGUCAAACGCCAUGAACAAGAUCUCAGCUACAACAUGAUGAGUGCUGUAGAAGCUUCCACUGCCCUGUCUCACUGCCUCUGGGAGAUCAUGCAGUGCUGCGAACAGAGCUCAGGUCCUUUGAAGAUAUGA